GUAAACGUUCCUUAAGAGUUGUUUUGACAAUAGUCCUAUGCAUUUACCAAAAAAAAUGACAUAAUGAGUAUAUUUGUUACAUCAGAUAUUCAAUGAACACGACUUUCCUGUUAUGAAUAAAUGUAAUAGUCUAAUACUUAUUUCCAGCCGUAUUCCAUAGCCUACUAUUAUAUGGUAACAUUUGGAAUCCCGAUGGUCUAUAUGCGUUUCUAUACAGACGUUUAUAGGCAUCUCAACUGUCUAAUAACAUUAACCUAAAAAUGUAUCCUAAUUCUAAACCUAAAUUCAACACUUGCCUUAACUCUUAUUCUAAACUUUAGCCUAACCUUAGCAAGCAACAGUAAAUAAAUAGAUACAGUAUUUUCUUGACAGUAUUAUCUGUUAAAGUACAGAUGGAUAGGGACUCGCAAAAUAAAAUGUAACCCUAUUUUUUAUUACACAAUAUGAUGACAGCAAUGAUACUGAUAAGAACUAGCUAAGAUUUGCCCUAUUCAUCUGUGAUAAUAGUGUUGUCCAAAUACCCCGUCCCUCUCUCUAAAAGAGAGUAAUCCAACCAGCCCUUAAUCCAUGUUAAUCUCAGUCAGUUGAUUCAGAGCCCUCAAUUUCUAAAAGCUCUCUGUCAUGCGCAUACUGGAAGAAAAAAAGAGAAAUGAUGCCUACUUGGUAUGUGGACGGUCCCGAGAACAACAGACAGCAUUAUUCAAAACAUGGAACAGAAAGUCUGCUACAGAGUGAGCGCAGACGGAUGGAGCUGCAGACUGACCUUGUGACCUUACAGAGGGAUCAGCGCAUUAGCCAGGCUGUGCGUCUGCAAUGCCGGUGGCAGGAGCUGAGUGAGAGAGAGCGCCGGGCCCAGCUGUUGAACAGGGAGCUUUUGCAGGAGUUUGACAGAGCACAGGACACCCUGAGAAACAUGGUCACCCACACCUCUGCCAUGAACACCAUACGGGUGGAAUAUGAGAGCUAUCUGGAGGAGAGUUUCCCCCGCUGGCAGCAGCAGCUCAAAGAGAAGACUCUGUCAGCCCAGCGCAAGAGGAUGGAGCAGCACCUGAAGGACUGUCAGAGGAGGAUGGAGAAAGGCAGGGGUGAAGAAAGAACCACCAAGCAUCCCAAUGGAGCCACGUCGGUCAUUUCCCCAAGUCAUGCUUACAUACCCCAAAACGCAGCUGCACCUCAAGACCAGAACAGACAAAAUGGCCACGGAGGCUACGUUCAAGAUGGCUAUCAUCUGUCCUCCUGGUUGAUUCAUGGUCGUUCCCACUUGGCUGAUUGCAAAACCGGAAUCCCUUACAAUGACCACCGAGGAAACCUGACUCAACAGCCUGCUGACUCCCCACUCCCCCAUGACCCUCAGUCCCUCUUCCCACCCCAGCCUUACCCUGUCCAACCCUCUCACUCCUACCCCACCCUUACCAGUAGGCCUCACACUGUGUUCCAGCCUGAGACACCACCAUCGGGGUGUCCCACGGUAUGGGCUGGUGUGAUGGCCGCGGCUGGGAACAUCUUCAGGGUCCCAGUAAGCCCUCAAACCUCCUGGACUAGCCCUUCCAUGUCCGAUACCCACGGAGGGAGCAUUGUACAUGGUGCGGAGGAGGACGGUCAGGAAAGGGAAAUUAGUAAAAGGGCAGCGCCAAGGCCUGAGGGCGAGACACAGACAGGAGAGAGGAGAAAAGAUCCAUCACACGACCUGGACAUAAAACCAGUGCGUCUUUCGAGUGGACAAGGGGAGAGCAGUGAGAGCAGCAGAGCCUCGAGUAGAGAGGCCAGUAAAGAGAGGAAGGAGAGGAAAAAGAAGGCAGGGGGAGCAGGGCGGAGGGAAACAGACAGGCUCUCUGUAGGGGUCAGGGAGGUUGUUAUUGCUGAGACUUCAGUAUCCUCCUCUGUGGUUGAAAGCUCAGAGAAUGAUGAGCCAUCAGUGGCAGGAAGCAAGAGGAGCAGGAGAAGUAGGAGUGGAGUACUGGCUAACUCAUUUAGUGCAGAGGAGUCAGGGAGUCAUAAGGAGGUGUUGAUGGGUCAAAUGGUGUCAGGGAGUCAUAAGGAGGUGUUGAUGGGACAGAUGGAGUCAGGGAAUCAUAGGGAGGUGUUGAUGGGUCAAAUGGUGUCAGGGAGUCAUAGGCAGGGAGAAACCAGUGAGAAAGCUGUAGGGGACAUUUAUAUAGAAACAACAGAGGUGGAAGAGGAGAGUCUGGCAGGGGUAAGUCUAGAAGAGGAAGCAACAAGAGAGGAUGAGGAUGGACUGGAGCAUGAAGUAGAGGAGGAGAAUAAUGCAGAGGAAGAAGAGGGAACCAGCAAACAUGCUAGAAAGGAACAAGUAGAAAAUGAAAAUGAGGAGGUAAGCCAAAAAAGGAAGGAGGAAGCCCAACCAAAGACUCAUAGUGUUUUAAAAAGAGAACAAGAGGAGGGAAGGGGAGAGGAAGAAGAGGAGGAUCAGGAUGGUCAGGGAGACAGCCAAGAAGUAACAAGGAGUGAGAAUGAAAGAGAACAAACAAACAUCUGUCAGGAGGGAGAGUUGGAAGAGAGAGCUGAGAGUAGGGAAGAAGAGGUUUGUGUGGGAAAUGGAGAUGAAAGUGAGGAGGAUGAAGAGGGCUCAGCCGAGAAAGAAGAACCUGGUGAAGAACAAGUAGAGGAGCAGCAUAGUCAGGAAGCAGAGGAAGACUCCACAGAGGGGGAGCCUGAGGAUAAAGAUGAAAGCGACUCUGACGACAGCAUAAUAUCUCGACCGGCACACAGGUCAUCCAAAGUCCUGAUAGAGGAGGAAGAAGUGAUCAGUGGCAGUGGUGAAAAUUAUGAUCAUGAAGAUGGUCAAGAUGACAAAGUGAAAGGUUCUUCAUGGUCUGCAGAUCCAUUUCCAGACGAGGACGAUGAUAUUGAAAGUCUUCUAGCUCCACAAGCAGUGUCUCAGGAAAAACAAGAGAAAAAAAAUGAGGAGAAAGCAGUGAUCAAACCUAAAGCCAUUAGGGAGGACUUUGAAUGUUUUUCAGAAGUGCAAGAAGUGGACAAAAAGCUGGAGGCCAACCAGUACAAUGAGUCAAACGAGUUUGAUCCCUUCUAUGACUGACAACUGUAUCAUGUUCCAGGGCACUUGGACCUCCCUGAGAGAAUUAUUCUACUGCUGUGACUUUUGAUUUUCAUUGGACUUUUGCUAGUCUUCAGUCUGAGGCUGCCACCAUUGAAGUUAUUUGAGGUAGUGCCAAAAUAAUGGGUAUUGUACAAAACAUCAGUCAUCAGUGGUUUAAUCUACAACCAAUCGGGGUAUCAAACCCAAUAAAUUACAUUCUAAAUGUCAUUUCAAUGUGUUUGCAUAGAAAUUGUCAGGGAGGUUCUCUUCAGACUUAUUGCACAGAAUUAAUGAACAUUUGUGGGUGUGGUGUAUUGUUUGUGUAGCCAAGUUAAAAAUGACUAAUGCCACUUCUAUAUGUUAUUAUUCUAUGUAUUCUUUGUUAUUAAAUAAAUGCAUUGAGUUCA